AUGUUGUCCCUUAAAGGUCUCCUCAACCCAGCACCAGCUGGAGAUAAUGACCCCCCCUUUCCUCGACCAAGUCCUGUGCUCGAGUUUCCACCAAUCCCGAACUUCGAAGAAGCAUCAAAUCAAUCUGGGAACCGUUUUAUGAUGGUUUCUGAUAGAUCCGGGCCGAAAGACGCCAACAAUAUGGCCAAGUCGAAGCUGCGCGGUCCAGUCAAGUUUCACCCUUUCGAGCAUCUUGACGAGGUUGCUUUGCAAGAGAUACACCGAUUCCGAGUCAAGCCAUUUGGGAAUAUACAGGAUUCAAGCCUUCACAUCCCAUACAACAGUGGCAAAAAGGACUUUUACGAAAAGACAGGACGAGAGAGCUUCGAGGUUUUCAAAUACGAGUUCACCUUGGCUGAACAGAACACUGAUUACGCUGUGAUGUGGGACUAUAAUGUUGGGCUCACAAUUCCGGCAAAGAUGCUAGGCCUCAACCCAGGGCUCAAAGAAAUCACACAUAGCAUUACUGGAGGUUCUAUAGCUGCUCAAGGUUAUUGGAUGCCGUACACAUGUGCCAGAGCUGUCUGCGCAACCUUCUGUUACUCUAUCGCGGGUGCCUUGAUUCCAAUCUUUGGCCCAGAUUUUCCAUCUCUCUGCAUCCAUCCCAGCGCGCCUGACUUCGGCCGCAUGGUCAUCAGCCAGCAAAUAAUCAUCGAAGCUACCCAUGAAGCCGAAAUGACUAGGCGUAUGCAUAUGAGUACGAUCCCACCUAGCUUCCACGGCGCUACGAGCUAUCCGAGAGACGAUCGAAGUAUUCCACCGGGUAUUUAUGCCCAAGACGAGCGCCGCCAUCGAUUCCGACCCCGUCUGUUCUGUGACCCAUCGUGGGCCAUGGACAGCGACGUCGAAUGCCAUUACAUGUCAGCUCCCAACUCAGCCUCGAGUAGUGGCUCGGGACUUCCUGGCUAUAUGGUGACUUCUCGUCCGGGAUCUAGUUGGACCGUUGCAAACCAGUCUAGCCCUGAGCCUAAUCCCUUGCUUAGUGCGGUCCCUCGCAUCCCACCUUUGCAGAAUGAAGGAGCUCUCUCUUGUGCUCCGUGGGGACCCAAGAGACGACUGGACUACGAAGACUGGGACAGCUUUUACAGAGAGAGUGCCAGUCCCGCCAUGAGCCCGAGAUCUAUUCUCAUGGUUUCGACCCCUGACGCCAGUCCUAUGAGGCAACGAGUGAUCAAGACGCCACACCGCGUACCUGAUGCGGCCCAGAAGGACGCAGCUAUGCUUCUCUUAAACCUCAGGAUGCAAGACCAGGGGCCCUCUGCUCCCAACGCCGUCGAGUCGCCGCCUCCUAUCCAACUGCAGCCUGAGCUCGAGGAAGGACGUCGCAAUAAGAGACUGCGAGCCACUUCGUUGUCCAAAUAA